CCACCUGAUCAUUUUGCUCAAAGAACAAAUUUUUUUAUUUCGUAAACAGCUCAACUUUACAUUCACCAUUUAUAAACAAGUUGCAAGUUUCGCGCAUCGCAUCGCUGUCAUAUACCGGUCUGCUUCAGCUAUGUUAAGAAGAGGUGCAUUGAUUGUAUUGGAAGGCUGUGACCGUGUUGGUAAGACAACUCAUACGAAACUGCUUGUUGAAGCUCUUAAAGAAGAAGGACUAAAAGUGGAAUCACUUCGCUUUCCAGAUAGAUCGACUCUCAUAGGAAACAUUUGUGGGAAAUACCUUGAAGGCUCUGAAGAAUUGGAAGAUCAUGCAAUUCAUCUUAUGUUUUCUGCGAAUAGAUGGGAACUCGUUCCAAAGAUGUUGCGUUUGCUGAAUUCUGGAGUGAAUCUCAUUGUGGAUCGCUAUGCAUACUCAGGAGUAGCAUUUUCUUAUGCCAAAAAGGGUUUGAAUUUUUCUUGGUGUAAACAAUCAGAUGUUGGUUUACCCAAACCCGACAUAGUGCUUUUCCUAGAUCUGUCUUCUGAAGAGAUGAUUAAAAGGAGUGGUUUUGGUGAUGAAAGGUAUGAAAAAGAAGACUUUCAAAAUGAGGUGAAAAAAGUGUAUGGACUAUUACGAGAAGAUAAUUGGAAAAUCAUUAAUGUGGAAAAAGAAGAAGCCGAAGUUCACGAAGAAAUGAAAAAGAUUGUGAAAGAGACUAUCAACAACAUAACCAGCACAACUUGUGAUACUCUGUGGACUGAUAAUUUUGAAACAUAUGUCUAAAUUUGCUGAUUAUAGAAUUUUUUAAACAUAAAAAAUCUUCCGAACCAA